AUUGACGGGUGACGGACCACGAUCCAUUCCUGGUUCUGGGCCGCCGAUCGGUUUUUUCUUUCUCUUGCCAAGGCAAAAGUACCAGUCUCGCCUCUUCGCUGCUUAAUCUUGCGCGCCGGAGUCGUGCGAGAGCUGAGGGCACUGGAUCCGCUUGAUUCUUCCUAGAAAGCGGAACCUUUUCAGAUUCCUCGGUCUGCAGCUGGAUCUUGCUCGGAUCAGCGCCGAACGCGAGGCUCCAAUCUGAGAGAUCGAGAUGACGAAAUCUGCGACGGAGAAGAGGAGGGUUCGGCGAGUAUCGCAGAACGGGGGGAAAGAAGCGUCCGACGCGCCGCCCAAGAAAAAUACUUCAGGCAAAGAUGUUUUUCAGCUAUUUGCUGAAAAAGUUAGAGACAACAAGAAGCUGGAAUCAAGAUGGGCCAUCAUGCAAGAAACACGAGUCGAAUACUUUAGAGGGAAAGACUUCACAGUCUUUUUGCGAAAUUAUCCAGAGGUCAAAGAAAUGCUCAGCUCAAAUAAGGAUUUAGAAGUGGAAGAGAUCAUAAAUACACUACUAAUGAAGAACCUUUUGGUGAGAUGUGAUCGUGUGGUAAAAACUGUUAGGCCUGGGAAGAAGAAGUUGUCCUCAUGGCCUGCUCAUCUUGAGAUUCAUUCUGAGCAACUAUUCUCUGAAAAUGAUGGGUUUUUUGCAUGGACUUUCAUGAAAAGACGGACUCUAUGGCAAACAAUUCUUUCAUUCCUGUGGCCUUUGGUUGCACUUGCUGUUUGCCUCUUCCCUGUAUACCCUUACCAAUGCAAGAUAGUUGUUUUAUAUGCCUGUGCUGGAGCUUUGUUGUUCUUGGUCACGCUCUUACUAUUGAGAGGAGCAAUAUUUGGCAUUUUAUAUAUUAUUUUGGGAAAGCGCAUCUGGUUUUUCCCCAAUAUCAAUGCUGAGGAAACUACAUUUAGAGAGCUGAUUCGGUUUUGGCCAGAGAAAGAUGAAGAAGAACAACCAAAGUGGACAGUAAGGAUUACAUAUGCCAUUGGAGCUGUGCUGUUCAUAUUGUUGCUUCGGUACCAUGCUCCUGAUGAGGCUGCCAGAGCUAGAUACCAGAAGAAGGUGUACAAUAUUAUCGACGAUGUCCUCGAGUGGUCUCCAAAACUAGCAUUAUCCGGGAUGAUGGAGAAGCAACACCCAGUGGUGAAUGAAACAGAGGCAAAUUUUACAAAAGAAGAAAAUUAAUCAGCCGAUACUUAAGAUUGAAUCCAUGUUGACAGUGAUGCUCAUGAGGCUGAUGGAGUAGACUAAGAUUCUGCUCAAGUUUUACCAUAUCAUUUUUUUUGUCUGCUUUCUUUCCUCUAACUCUAGAAUCUUGGCCGGAUAAUUGUUGUUAGCGUGUGUUUUUGAGACUAGUAUAAUACUAGAUCUGCUUAUGCAGGAUAUGGGAGGUAGUCCAUGACCAUGUUUAGGUUGGAAUCAUGAAGUAAAAUUAAUACUCGAGACUGGUUCCAGUUGAA